GCCGACUGCCACGCGCCAUAAACCCUAAACGAAGAAGAAAGGCCACAUUGCGCAGGCGUACACCACGUACACCGAUGAUCAGAGCUGUUGGCUGGAUGCUAGCUGGCUAGCUAACUGUCUGUCAAGUCGAACACAUUGGGCUAGAAGGGGGAAGCGCAGCGGUGGAGAAGAACGGCGACCCAAGCGCCGCUACGAAAUGGCCGGGCAACAGUUCCAGUACGAUGACAGCGGCAAUACAUUUUUCUAUUUCCUAACGUCCUUCGUCGGACUUAUUGUGAUCCCAGCCACAUAUUACCUCUGGCCCCGGGAUCAGAAUGCUGAACAACUGCGGCUGAAGAGCCUGAGGAGGGUCCAUGGCAGGUGUCUGUGGUACCGGCUCAGGCUGAUGAAGUCACAGCAGAGCAUUGUCCCAACACUAAAGAAAGCAGCCUUGUUAUUUGGCUGGGUCGUGUUCCUGCUGCUCGCCUACAAGGUGUCCAAGCUGGACAGAGAGUACCAGGAGUAUAAUCCAUAUGAAGUCCUCAACCUGGACCCGGGUGCAUCGCUGUCAGAAAUCAAGAAGCAAUACCGUGUACUGUCACUCAAGUACCAUCCUGACAAAGGUGGUGAUGAGGCCACAUUCAUGCGAAUUGCCAAAGCUUAUGCUGCUCUGACCAAUGAACAGUCCAGACAGAACUGGGAAAUAUACGGCAACCCAGACGGUCCAGGAGCAACCAGUUUUGGUAUUGCGCUGCCUGCCUGGAUUGUCGACCAGAAGAACUCAAUGCUGGUGCUGUUGGUGUAUGGACUGGCCUUCAUGGUCAUCCUCCCUGUUGUGGUGGGCACGUGGUGGUACCGCUCCAUCCGAUACAGCGGAGACCAGAUCCUCAUCAACACCACCCAGCUCUUCAUGCAUUUCAUGUACAAGACGCCCAAAAUGAACAUGAAGCGGUUGGCCAUGGUGUUGACAGCAGCCUUUGAGUUUGACCCUCGCAGCAAUAAAGAAGCCACCAUACGACCAACAGACAACAUCGAAGUGCCACAGUUAAUCCGUGAGUUGGGAAAUAUUAACGUAAAGAAGAAGGAGCCUCCGUUCUGCUACCCGUACAGUUUGAAGGCCAGGGUCUUAGUGCUCGCUCACCUGGCACGCAUGGACGUAUCAGAGGAAUUGGAGGAAGAUCAGAGAUUUGUGGUGAGGAAGAGUCCCGCUCUCCUCCAGGAGAUGAUCAACGUGGGCUGUCAGCUUACCAUGAUGGCCAACAGCAGAGGAGGCUUCCACGCUCCUCGACUGGUAACCAUAGAGAAUUGUAUGAAGCUGACCCAAAUGAUAGUGCAAGGUCUGCAGGAGUCAAAGUCACCACUGCUGCAGCUGCCCCACUUUGAGGAGGAGCACCUCCGCUACUGCAUCUCUAAGAAGUAUAAAGUUCGGAGCCUCCAGGACCUGGUGAGUCUCAAGGACUCCGACAGACGCAGCAUGCUGCGCUUCCUAGGGGAGGAGAAGUACGACGAGGUCAUGGCUGUGCUGGGCAGCUUCCCUCACAUCACCAUGGACACCAAACUGCAGGUCCUUGAUGAUGAAGACAGCAAUAACAUCACAGCAGGCUCUAUUGUUACAGUAACUGUCACCUUAACCAGAAAACGGAUGGCGGAGGUGUUUGAAAAGGAGCAGGAGUCAACACCGUGUCUAGCAGAGGAGACUGCCACUACAGAGGAAGCACAGGGGGACACGAGUAAAACCAAAACAAAAGUGUGGCAGAACAAGAGUAAAGGGGCUAAGAAGACAGCCAAGUCCAAGAAGAAAAAAUUAACCAAGAAGAAGGCCACUCCUGCGCCUGCCAAAACAAAACAGGCCAAUGGCAACGUGGCAGGAAAUGAGGUUGUAGUAGCAGCAGCAGCGACGGCAGUGGCGAAGGAGGAAGAGGACGAGGUCUCCGAUAAGGGCAGCGAGUCGGAUGAAGGCGAAGCAAACAAGGACUCUCCCAGCGAGAGAGACGAAGACAGUGACAAACAGAGUGACACAGAGGUGGACGAGAUGGCUGGCGAUGAUGAAGAGGAGUGGGAGGCGUUGCAGCAGAGCAUCCAGCGGCGAGAGCGGGCCCUGCUGGAGACCAAGUCAAAGGUGACGCACCCAGUCUACAGCCUUUACUUCCCAGAGGAGAAGCAGGAGUGGUGGUGGCUCUACAUCGCUGACCGCCGAGAUCAGACACUCGUCUCCAUGCCCUACCACGUCUGCACGUUAAAAGACACAGAAGAGGUGGAGCUGAAGUUUCCAGCCCCCUCCAAAACAGGCAACUACCAAUAUUCUGUCAUCCUCCGUUCUGAUUCCUACCUGGGACUGGACCAGAUCAAACCACUCAAGCUGGAGGUCCACGAGGCCAAGGCCAUGCUGGACAACCACCCACAGUGGGACAUCCCCGACACAGAGGAGGAGGACGAGGAGCAGGAAGACAGCGACGGCAUCGAGGAGAGCGAAGACGACGACGAGGACAACGACUGAAUGCGGAUACACACACGCUCAGCCCUCCCCCCCAUGGACUGGCCACCCACCCACUCCUGACCCCACAACUGCACUCGAGCAGCGAACGAGGAGCGGCUGUGCCCACCACACAAACACACACACACACACAUACACACACACACCAAACACACACUGAAUCACCGGGGACAGUUUCUACACGCAGAGCCCUUCUCCUCUUCCAUUUUAUCUUCACAUGGACUGUGACCCCGUCCCCUUACAUUUCCCCUUUUCUACAGAGACUUGUUCAUUCACUUUCCGUUUCUGGCGGAAGAGAAUUCUGUGAAUACUUUACCCAAGCCCGCGUGUGCGAGUGGAUGUGCACGUGAGAGUGUGAGUGGAUGGUGUGUGUUUGUAACCUUGUAUGUGUUUGUACAGGUAUGAAAGGUUGACACACUGUGGACUGGAGGACCUAUUAUCUGGGCUCUUAACUUCUUUUCUUGAGGGGGAGAGGGGGGGGAUGUAUAACAGCUAAUUCCGUUUGCAAAUUAACACACACAAAAAAACACAUGACCUCCGUACAGGACUCAUGACGUCGCUCUCGCUCCUAAUUUUAAAAAUCACUCAGCACCGAUGUUUUCCACACCAAUGAUACUUUCUAUUGUACACUUAAAACUGCAGAAGUGUGAGCUUUAGCCCCGCUCGCCGGGGAUCACAUCAGCCAUCGGGGCGUUCGCUCCUGUCAGCGCAUGGGGGCACAGUUGAGUCUCGUCAGGUUUAAUUUUUAAAUUUUAUUUCCUGCUGUCAAACCAGCCAGUCACUUGUAUGUACUUGUAUUCACUGUAUGUUUAAGGAGACAGAUAGAUACUGAUCUCUAGUCAGUUCUGUUCAUGCUGCCCCUGCGACCCACGUCAAACUGUGUCUUUCUGAAAGCAGGUGGAUCUUAAAUGAAUCAACGUCAAGUAUAAACGGGGGGAAAACUUGCAGUGUUAAGAUUUGAAUUACUGAGUACUCUUCUUGUCCAUAUACUACAUACAAGUCGUGAGUUUUCAGUCUUUUUAAAAGGGGCUCAGAUACUGAUAUAUAUAGAUAUAUACAUACUUGUGGCAUUUCAGAGAAGUGACUUCCUUUCUCUUCAUCCUUUUCUUUUUCCUUUUACAAUUGUAGCACAUUCCAGUGUAUACUCAUUGUCCAAAAAGGCCUUAUGAAUACAACUGAAAUACCACAACAUAGACAAGUCCUUGGGUGCUAUGCACCGAGUGUUUCUUGGGAGAGCGGAAAAAAAAGAUUCUUUCUUUUGUGUUUGUAACAGUGUUUUCCUUUUGUUUUAGUCUCUUCAUAGUAACAUACAGCUCCUCAGUCUUGGAAUACAUAUCACUGAUUUCGCCAUGACAAAGCCUCUAAUAAGUACAGUUUUCAUCUGCUGAAAGAGGAUUAGCAGUCGUACGGGACAUGUUACCAGCCCUGUGUUAAAGGGAUUGGAGUAUGACGCUCUCAUGAUCUGGAAAGUGUCUCGAACAAAAACCUGUUGACAGUCACUUUUAGUGUGAGCGUACUCUGUCCCGCACACAUUUCCUCUUCAGUGAUUCAAGCAGAACGAGCUCCAUUUUGUAACUGCCAUUUCAGAUGGAAUGUUUUUUUUCCCCGCCACAUCAUGAGGAUCUUAGUUCUUAAUUUUUCUGUCUGAAGAAUAGGGAUGUCAGUGGCCUCAUAUAUUUUUAACCGGUUACAGUUAAUUUUGCUACUCUUGAGUUCAGUAGUAGCACUAGCACUAUGCUGUAACACAGCAAAGCUAAAAAGCAAUUCAUGCUAUAAAGUUUAGCUAGCUGCUUUUUUAAUGUGCACUAACGGGGUUCAGUGGGAGCUAGCAAACGUUGCCGCUUGGUAAUUCUGCUGGUAGUGCCAUCCCAACCCAUUAAGGCGUUGCUGUGGAAACAUCUUGCCCACCCUUUGGUCUCCACCCAGGUCCAUUUGGUGAGUUAGUGGCUUAAUUUCGAGCUGCAAAACCCUUUUAGCAUUGUUAACUAUGUUAGCACUCUUGGCUCUGUUAGCACUGUUAGCAGCAGUUAGUGCUAACAUAGUUAAGCUCCUAACACACUUGGGCAAUCUGGGGAGGAGCGAAGGGUGGCCACCAUGUUUCCGCAUCAACGCCUCUGGUGGGAAAUUCAGUGUGGAGUCGGUGAUCCAAUAAGCUGGUCCGUUUUUCGUAUUAGAAGCCGACUAGCGCUUUUUGGGAGGGUCGGGCUUGGGCUCGAUAUUUUAUGUGAUGAUCUUAGAUGGACCGGGUUCAGGCUUCAACCAACGUGUGCCGGUUCAGUUUGGGUUGUAAUUUUUUCGGCCCAUUGAGGACUCAGGUGUAAACGAUGUGUCUCGGCUUUCCACUUGUGUUCGGAUCACUGAAAACGCAUAGUAAUACCUGGUAGAACAGGGAUGUCAACAGCCUAGAAUAUUUUUAACUAGCCAUCCUGACCCAUGGUGGCAUUGCUGUGGAAACAUUGUGCCCACCGUUUGGUCUCCCCACAGUUCUCUUCUGUAAGUAAGCAGCUUUAUUUGAGCCGCAAAACCCUUUUAGCAUUGUUAACUAUGUUAGCACUGUUAGUGGCGCAGUAGGGCUAGUGAUGCUAACAUAGUUAAGCUCUCAACUCACUUGGGCGAUCACGGGAGGAGCUAAAGGUGGCCACCAUGUUUCCGCAGCAGUGCUGUCCCACCACCUUGACCCAGGAUGACAUUACCAGUGCUCGUCAAAUGAAUGGCGACACUAGCUAGCUAUUACCUGGCUGGUGUGCAGUGAGGAACAGCUAGCUAACCAGUGGAGACCGUAGAGAGGGCAGACCACCUCUAAAUGGAUAGCGCUUCGAAAAAGUGACACUAAAGCUCACAGAGUCAAUGGAACGCUGGACUAAAAGCACCUCUUGUAUUUUUCCAUUUUUUUUCUCCUAAAAAUGAACCAGUUAGUUGCCGGCUAAUGGGUGCUGGGCUUUUUAAAGCAAAGUUAACUGAAGCUGACAUCUCUAUUGACGAAUACAGAGCAGUUCUGGCUAACCAACAGGUCUCCAUCUCAUUUAAAAUUAGUUGUUUUUUGUCUCAUUUAAACUGUAGUUAUAACAAAUGUAACACAUUGACUUGUUUUCAAUCUAACCUUGUUUUUUGUUUUGUUUUUUUUACAUCUGUUAGACUCAUGAGUGCAAAACAAAAGUAAACAGAGCGUCCUUGUGUUGCUCUGUGGGCUCUCACUGUACGUCGACGACUUGACAGUGUUUAAAACAAAUCUCUCACCAUGAUUAUCCACACUCAACAGUUAAUUUCUUUAUACUAGUGUGUCAUGUCAGUGUGGGAGAGACAAUGACACUCUCCCGACACCACAUACAUACACACACUCACAAACUCAUAUGCGCGCACUAUACCCUCCUGUAAUUGUGUUCAAAGCAGGUGUAUGCUAACAGGUAAUAUUGUACUCUGAGUAUUUAUCGCUCUGCAAUAGAAUGUAGCAUCAGUGAUUUACGCUGUGUGGAAAAAAAAACUGCAGUGAGGUUAAAUACGACACCAUCUCUCCCAUGACAGACUUGUCCAGGCGACUGGCCGGCAGGCCGCCUCAGUUUGGACAGACUACCCAAUGACUAUCUAUCUGCCACUUUUGUUUACAAAGGAACUGUCAUUGUAAAUGGAAAAAUAUAUUAUUUGUAUUUAAAAUCAUUUCAAAUAAAAACUUUUAAAUGAGA